UAUAAAGCUAUAAAUUUUCAAGGACAUUUCAAAUUCAGUAUAGAAAGAAACAAAGAAACAUGGCGCCGAAAGUAAUGAAAAAGUCAACGAAACCACCGAUGGAGAAGCCAAUUGACAAAGUGAUUUCAAAAACGAAGAAACAGAAGAAGAAGAACUACACGAGUUUCUCCAUCUAUUUAUUCAAGCUACUGCGUUCAGUAAACGUUGGGAAGGAAUAUAAUUUAGGCAUUUCACGGCACUCUAUGCUUAUAAUGAAUAAUUUCGUGAACGAUAUGCUGGAAAAGAUCGCGACUGAAGCUGGGAGGUUGGCUUUCUAUGGAAAAAAGAACACAAUGGGCAGUGCAGAGAUUCAGAGCGCAACUAAACUGCUUCUACCCGGGGAGUUAGCUAAACAUGCGAACGCGCAAGGUGUAAACGCCAUUGCUAAAUACGUGAGGAGUCAGGAAAGCUAAGAAAAACGGUCAGCUUGAAACGUCAAACCGCCAUCUUGGAAAUUUUUGAAGUUUGUGUACAAUAACCGAGAGCAAAAAGGAAACUAUGAGCAAAUAUAAUUUAUGUUAAUAUAGAAUUAUUUAAUGAAGAAUUUAUACAGCCAGUGACGUUAUAUUAUUGAUAAUAAUAAAUAGAUUAAGGUAUUUGAAGAAUUAAUUUGUUAUUAUGCAACUGUGUCCUUUUGAGGGCCGAAAA